UAAUUGUUGCUUAGUUGAUUUUUGGCGCUCGUGGAUGCAGCGGUGAUCAAGUUUAAGAAAAUAACACUGCAAAGUUAAAGCUUUAAAAAUUGCAUAAAAAAAUUUAAUUCUUAGUUUAAUAUUCCAAGCAGAAAUAUGGCUUGGCGUUACGCGUUCACUAUUUCCGGCAUACUUAUACCGAUCUCGCUGCUGUACUCAUAUUAUCGCUACAAAUUCAAUUACUUCGAGAGACGCGGAAUUCCGCAUAUAAAACCUGCUAUGCUCAGCCGCAAGGAGCGAUCGAAACACUUAAUUCACAGCGCCUACGAAAAGUUCAAAGCAAGUACGCCUAUUGUCGGUAUAUUCUUGCAAAGCGCGCCUGCAAUAGUAGUGCUCGACUUGGAUCUAGUGUCGCGCGUGCUCAUUGAUGACUUUUCAAGUUUCUGUGAUCGUUUGGGAGAACAUUUAGAUGAAAACGAUUUACUCCACUCCCCAGAUAACGCCAAAUGGCAGGCCAUGCGUCGCAGGUUAACACCCUGUUUUUGGUCAGCAAAGAUGGCUCAAAUAUUUCCGAGCGUCAUUAGGGCAGCUGAGUGUUUAGAAGGCAAGUCAGGUGGGUUACUUCAAAGCGAAUAUGUCACCAUAGACUUAAAAGCGCUCUGUACAAGCUACGCGGCUAACGCUUUGCUGAAUUGUGUUUUUGGCGUUGAGCCGGAUGACGCAAGUGAAUCGACAGUGACGUUACGCUUGCGCAUCAAACAGUUAUUGGUGCAUGAGUGCAAGACGCGUUUGUCUAGUAACGCUAAAGGAUCGCUGGUGGAUGCUGAGUGUAUGAAGUGCACACAUGCGCAAACAGCUUCACAAAAAUAUCCUGAUCUGGAAGAGCUUGUUCGUAAGACAAGGAUUGGGAGAAAUGCAGAUAAAGCAAAAAACAAUAAUAUACUACAUUUACUCGCCGAUAUGCUGACUGAUGACGAAGCGGAGAGCAGCGAUAUGAAUCGACUCGGUUAUGAGUUGGAAGCAAUGCAUUUGGCCGUACGAUCACUUGUCACACUACUAACAGGUUUUGCGAACUCGGCGUUAACUUUGAUGCACUGUCUAUAUGAACUAGCGAGUAAUGUAGAAGUUCAGCGUCAGUUGAGGCAGGAAAUAGUGGGUGUGUUGCAAUCCUAUGAUCAUCACUUUAGCUAUGAAGCCAUGGGGCACAUGCACUAUUUGGAUCAGGUGGUGACAGAAACUCUGCGAAAACACCCUGCAACAGAGCUGCUUAUUCGGCGCACUCUCCGCGAGUAUCACGUACCGAACAGCACGCACGUCAUCGAGCGUGGCACCUGUGUAUUGGUGCCGGUAUAUGCCAUACAACAUGAUCCAGACAUUUAUUCAGACCCACAGCAAUUCGACCCGACACGCUUCGAUGCAGCCGCUGUGAUGGCACGUCACGCAUGCGCAUACUUGUCGUUCGACGAUGGACCACGCAACUGUUUGGGUAAGCGCUUGAGUAAAAUGCUCAUUAAAGUGGCGCUCGUAAGGCUGCUGCGCUUUCACACAAUAGCGCGUUGCGAGGAUACAAAGCAGCCGUUCGAUGAUUACAGCAGAGAUGUGGAGAGCAUAAGUGAUAUUCUGGUGAAGUUACAAAGCAUAUGAGAAGCGCUUGCGGAUUCGUGUACAUACAUAUAUUUAACUAACAAAAUUAAAAGGGGUAGUAAUAAACAAAUUUAAUACAAUUUAA